CCCGCCUGCGUCCCUCUUUUGUUUUUCUCGGUGGCCCUCCUCCCUGCUCCCGCCCUCCCGCCGGCUCGCGGGGCGGGGCCGGGCGGCUCCUCCCCCGCCCGCCCCGGGCCGCGGUCGCGGGCGGGCGGGGGAGGGGGAAGGGGCCGGGAGGGGGCGGGCGGGCAGGCGGGGCGGGGCGGGAGGCCGGGAGGGAGAGAAAGGGAGAAAGGAAGCGGCCGGCGGCGCCGCGCGUGUCUGCGUGUGCGAGCGCGCGUGAAUGUGAGCCCGGCCCGCCCGGCCCGCGCCCGGCACAGGGGCCGGGGCCCGGGGAGCGCGGACGGCUGCGCGGCGGUGGAGCCGCGGGCGGCGGCGGGCAGAGUCGGGCGCGGCGGCGCGGAGCAGCCAUUGUUGAGGGAAACCGUGCGAACAAAGAAGGCUCCGGGCGCCCCGCCGGCCCCCGCCCCCCAGCGCGGCGCCCCGGCCGCGGCGCGCGGCCCGCUGCCCGGCAACUUUCCCCCGGGGCUGCGGCCGCCGCGGGGCCGGCCGAGGCUGAGCGGCGCAGGCUUUGUGCGGGCGGCUGCCCCGCUCGGGACAGGGCCCGCCGAAGUUGGCCCGCCUCGCCUCCUGCCCCUGCCAGGGCCCCUCGGGGCGCUCUCGCGCCUCCCCCGGCUCUUCAGUUCUCCCAGGUUGUUCCUCAAAGUCAUUCAAGCUGUACUCACCGAAGGAGCCCCCGAACGGCAACGCCUUUCCCCCAUUUCAUCCCGGCACCAUGCUGGAUCGGGAUGUGGGCCUCUUCCCUUACACAGCCCAACUCCCAUGUACCCACCUACCUACCUGGAGCCUGGGAUUGGGAGACACACACCUUAUGGCAACCAAACUGACUAUCGAAUAUUUGAGCUGAACAAACGGCUUCAGAAUUGGACAGAGGAGUGUGACAAUCUCUGGUGGGAUGCUUUCACCACAGAGUUUUUUGAGGAUGAUGCCAUGUUGACCAUCACUUUCUGCCUGGAGGAUGGACCAAAGAGAUACACCAUCGGCCGGACCCUGAUUCCACGCUACUUCCGCAGCAUUUUUGAGGGGGGUGCUACAGAGCUAUAUUACGUACUUAAGCACCCCAAGGAGGCAUUCCACAGCAACUUUGUGUCCCUUGACUGUGACCAGGGCAGCAUGGUGACCCAGCACGGAAAACCCAUGUUCACCCAGGUGUGUGUGGAGGGCCGGUUGUACCUGGAGUUCAUGUUCGACGACAUGAUGCGGAUAAAGACGUGGCACUUCAGCAUCCGACAACACCGAGAGCUCAUCCCCCGGAGCAUCCUCGCCAUGCAUGCCCAGGACCCCCAGAUGUUGGAUCAGCUUUCCAAAAAUAUCACUCGCUGUGGGCUGUCCAAUUCUACUCUUAACUACCUCCGACUGUGUGUGAUACUCGAGCCCAUGCAGGAGCUCAUGUCCCGCCAUAAGACCUACAGCCUCAGCCCCCGUGACUGCCUCAAGACCUGUCUUUUCCAGAAGUGGCAGCGCAUGGUGGCACCCCCCGCGGAACCCACACGGCAGCAGCCCAGCAAACGGCGGAAACGGAAGAUGUCAGGGGGCAGCACCAUGAGCUCUGGGGGCGGAAACACCAACAACAGCAACAGCAAGAAGAAGAGCCCAGCCAGCACAUUCGCCCUCUCCAGCCAGGUACCUGAUGUGAUGGUGGUGGGGGAGCCCACCCUGAUGGGCGGGGAGUUCGGGGACGAGGACGAGAGGCUCAUCACCCGGCUGGAGAACACGCAGUUUGACGCAGCCAACGGCAUUGACGACGAGGACAGCUUUAACAACUCCCCUGCACUGGGCGCCAACAGCCCCUGGAACAGCAAGCCCCCGUCCAGCCAAGAAAGCAAAUCGGAGAACCCCACAUCACAGGCCUCCCAGUAAAGGCCUGUUCCUGGCCACGUUGUGCUCUGCCUGCCUGCCCCACCCCUUACAGCCCUUGGGAGCAGAAGACAGCUGGAGAGACUGAGCAUCUAAAGUGGGCAGCCUCUAUCCAUCCACUUCAGGGAGGAACUGGACUCGCUGGGGCAGGUGCCAAGAUUUGCCCCCCAGUGGCCCCGGACUGGGCCUGGCCCCUGUGGAGCCUUUUUGUUGGGGGGAGGAGGGUGGUACUCACGCGGAUGCCUGUGUGGACCCUGGACCUCUGAGAUGUCCUGACCACCCCCACCCCAGGGCAUUGCUUCCAUCCUCCUCCCAGGUUCUGGGUCCCAUCCUCUUGACUUACCCUUAGAGCCUGAGGUUGUCUGUACCCACAGCCCUUAGGGUCUUAAAGUUACGGGGCUGGAUUGAAUGCACCUCCUCCUGGACAGCCGGAGAGAGAGGGGCAAAGUUCUGGGCUCUUCCUCCCCUCUGCCUCUUGUCCCAGCUCCAAGUUUUUAAAAAAAUAAUAUUAUUAAAAACGUAAGUUUAAAAAAAAA